UUAGUUUCAUUCUCAUUAAUACCAGCGCUCUUUACUACAUUAAUUUAUUAAGCAAUGCCAAUGACGUAUACCUUAACCCUAAUAAACUAAAGCCUCGUCCAAACGGACGCAACAUUGUUGGCCAACAACUCCCAACAAAGAAGAAUAAAGAUCAAGAUGUAAAUCAGAUUCCUGGUACUUCAUAGUGUAGACAGCGAGUUGCUUGAACACACCCCCACACAUCUAACAAUGUUGGAGAGUUGUCGGCCAACAGUGUUUUGUCCGGACUAUUGCACGGGGCUUAAGUAAUAGUCGGUAAAACUGCAGUUAAUACAGUAUUAACGGAAAACACUAGGAAAGUACAUUAUAUUGUCGAGACUAAGACGAAAUAAUUAGGAGUUGUGCAUUAUCAAAUGCACUCUUAUCGUCACAUAUCUCAUUUUUUCAGUAUAUCAGCACAACAGGAGCUCGAGUGUGUUUAAAAGAGUUGUACGAGUCAAAGUACGACCCUCUCUCAGUAUCAUAUACUGUCUUGUCAGGUAAGAACAGGUUUAUGGAAUUGUCGUUUUAGUAACACGUAGGUUUUACUGAUUACUCACAACUAAUUCAUUAUGAAUGCAUAAAGAGAUAACUCAGAUAGGAGGGUCAUUUCAUUAAUAGAGGAAGGCGAUCAUUUUAGAUAUUAGCUGCCUGGAAGUCGUUCAAUGUUUUUGCUACUGAUUAUUCCAUUUAAUCAGUAGAUACUGCUCUGAAUUUGGCGUCGUUAGUCUUAUUUUCCUCUUUUCCUCCCGCUAAGCGUAUCGGCCGCACAAGUAGUUGGGAUGAUGUUCGUGAAGCUGCCUCGUCCCCAGUCGCUCGCGUUGCUUGCCUCCAUUUCUCGCGCCUCUCGAUUGUUCUGUUUUUCCUACUAAGCCUUGGGAAAGCCUGUAGAAAAGGCACUCUUUAAGGGAGCAAAUGUGUGAGGAUUUCUAAACUGCACAGUCGUUUUAUAUCUUUAUCACAGAUAUUUGCCAGCCAAGAUGGAGUUAUUUUGGUGGCUACUGUUACUUCACAAGUCGUGCAUGCGCCUCGUGGCUGAUGGCUGAAUCAAACUGUUCUACGAUGAGUUCCAAUUUGGUAACGGUUCACAAUCAAGAAGAAAAUGUCUACAUUCAACACCGUCACAACGGAGAGAGAUUUUGGAUUGGACUCAAUGACCGAAGUGUGGAGGGCUCUUUUGUGUGGACAAACAAAGAAAUAAGUAGUUUUAGGUUCUGGGCCCCACAGCAACCGAACGACUGGAAAAACGAAGACUGUGUUCACACUCUCGGCGCCAGGCAUGGUUACAGUUGGAAUGAUGUGCCAUGUACUAACUGUUACAACUACACUUGUUUUAAAGGUAAUAAGCGUAGCACUAUGACGAUUUAUAACCGUAUAUUUCUUAAUCUUCAUGUUCCUGAUAGUGAAUCUACUGAAUUAAAACUACAUUCAAAAAGGUCGAAACACAAUUACAGCAUGUUAGGCAGAUGGUUAGACAGAUGGAAGAGAGGGUAACACCAAUCAGUUUCAUUAUUAGAAAGAUAGGGAAACAAGUCGUAUACAUUUGCAGUAAAAACAUGUCCAUUGACCUAAAAAUGGCCGGAAAAGCCUUAAAUCGGCGUAAUCAAAAGAAGAACGAGAAAGAGUUCAUACGUUGGAACCACGGAAAAAGUCGCGCUAACCUCCGCUUACGAACAUAAGUACAUACGUUAACUCAGGGCACGCUUACGACCCUUUUUUGCAAGUUCCUUUUUUCAAACAUUUUUUUUUUUUUUGCCUUGCCAGUGUACGUCAAUUACCCAACUACACCACAGUAAAUUCUUUUUAAACAAGUUUCAUUAACUAGAAAAGUCAUGUUGUUUGACAAGAAGCCUCUGUGUGCUUACUUUUUAGACUUGGACGAAUGUACCACUGGUUCCCAUUCCUGUGACGUCAAUUCCGUUUGCCAGAAUACCGUGGGCUCAUACAAAUGUUCGUGUAAUGCUGGGUACACAGGAGAUGGAAAACCUUGCAAUGGUAUUUGAGAUACAGUUGAUCCAGAAUAAAUUGUUUUUCAAAGAGACGACCUACUCUGAUCUGAAGGUUCUUAAAGACGACGAAACCAUUGAAGGUGCAAUGGUUGUGUGCAAAAGCUCAAAACUGUCAUGUCAUUUUGGAGGAAAAGCCUAGAACCAUAUUUGUUAAAACAUAAAAACAACAAACAAACAAGAACAACAAAAUGGAUACAUUUACCUUAGCGACCAGAUGUAAACCAUCAGGUAGAUUUAAUAUUAGUUAUUCUAACGCUUUACCUAACGUACAAUUCUCAUGCAGAUAUCGACGAGUGUUCUAUCAACUCUCACAGCUGUGGCGUUAAUGCGGUUUGCAGUAAUACUGUUGGAUCUUACGCAUGCGCAUGUAAAGCAGGAUUCACGGGCGAUGGGAAAACAUGCUCUGGUAAGCUGCUGCGGUGUUGUAAAAAACGCUUCCAAAACGAUGUGCGUGUCUGUUUUUUCUAUACUCGAUCCUUACGUUUAAACAUGUAGAAAACGAUGGACAUAACUUUUAAUCAUUGGUUCGAAAUAAUAAUUAACGUAAAACUAGAAAUACGUAUCUCGCAAAAUUUCACUAAACUCGGUCUCGCACAGCCGUUUAGAAACUGAUUAGGUGACUAGGCUCUUCUCUAUCGUAAGACCUGUGACUCCUUUCUCUCCUGUCUUCUUUUCUGUUUCAUUAUUCUAUUUGAUUUUUAAAUGCGUAUUUUAAAGCAUAUUUAGGAUUAUUUGGGCUUAACAUCAAAUCAAAGGUAGAUUUUGGGGACGUUCAAGGUUUCUCCCGUAAAACCCGAACUGAAACGCACGUCCGACAAGCAUAUCUUAACGAAAUUGAUCUUUAGUAUGCCAACUGAACAAACAGGGUACUUUGCUGUUAUAAUUAAUAAAAAUUCGCAUUGAAUCGUUAUGCAUUUCAGAAAGGAAUUUUCUCCUUCGAAUACUCCCUCUUACAAUAGCUCGUUCUGCUAUAGAGCUAAGAGAAAGUCUCAACUAUAAGCUAUCUUAAGACGUUCUCGCCUUUUGAGAUUCUUUUCUUUCGAACUGUGUUUAUUACGUGUAGUUCAAUGUUUUCCCCUCCUUUUAUAUGUAAAAAAGGGAUGAAAAAUCGGAUUACCUAUAGUAGUUAAGCAGGGUUAACGCAUAGAGAAAAUGUAAGUAAAUGACCUUUAGUUAUUGACUAGAGUUUGUUGCAUCACUAAACAAGAAGGCUUCCUCACUUUUUUCGCCAGAUAUCGACGAGUGCUCUACCAACUCUCACAGCUGUGACGCUAAUGCGGUGUGUAGUAAUACUGUUGGAUCUUACGCAUGCGCAUGUACAGCAGGAUUCACAGGGGAUGGAUUCACAUGCACUGGUGAGCCGUUUGGGUUUAAUUUCGUUUGUAUGAUAUGUUCGCUUUUAGAUUGAACAGCAACGACAGCAAUACGAGAGUCUUUUGUGCUCUCCUAGCUUUUUACGGUUAAAGUUUUGGUUUAGCAGGAGUUUAAAUCAAUUUUAGUAUUGACUGUAUGUAGUAAGCAAAUAGAAAAGCGCAGCCAAGCAGCCAGUUAAUAUCAUCGGAUACGUGGAACGAAGGUGAUUGUUCAAGCCUGCGAUCAUCUUUUUUAGGCCUAAUAAUAAACACAAAAAAAAACUACCGAAUUCUGAUUGGCUGCAGAGAAAGGAGUGCAGUUCUUCUGUUACACGAGUGCAAAUUUGUAACACGAGUGCAGAUUACAAACGGUUUCUGAUUGGUUGAAAACAAAAAAGAAACCACCAAGAACCAAUCAGAUUAGGGCUGUUUUAACAACAAAAUUUAAGAAAAUGGCCAUGUUUUUCAGCAAACAAAGAUUUGAUUUCAUGUACGCAAAACAACAAUAGAAAAGUUAACAAAAAUUCCAAAAACUCAAACACGGUAAAAAAAAAAAACGUCUUUCUGGCUAAAUGUAUUGAAAAUGCGGUGCCAAGAGAAAAAUACUGUCAACAAAAUCGAGGAAAAUGAGCCAGAGAAACUAAACAAGCUACUUAUAGCGGGGCUCCCGCGCGCGAAGCGCGCGUGGGACAGAGCCCCAUACUCAUGGAAUAUGGUCAACCUCUUUUCGUUUGGUUGUCACGUGACUGACCGAGCGUACGUACGUACGUACGUACGCGUCUACAGAUUGUACGGGUAGGGUAGGGGAGACUAUCAAAAGGAAGGGAGGGGUGUCUCAGGCGUGUCUUGGCAAGCCCUCAUCUUUUAUAUAUGACACUCACAAUAUGGUCAAUUGACAGCUGUCAAAACAGGAUAGCCACUGACCAGUAUCCCAUACCAUAUCGUGGGCUCAUGUGUCAACUCAUCGAGGUGACGUGAUUUAUUUGGAAGCUGUCCGCUGACCAGUUAAUUGUUUUACUAGAUCGCGAACAAUGUUCAAUCAUACUUUUUAACUAGUUUGGGAGCACAGGAAAACUGAUACACAUAUUGGACUUCAAUGUUGUGAUCAAUUGACAGCUGUCACAACAAGGUAUCCGCUGACCGGUAUCACUUGUGCGAAUCGCGGGCUCAGGUUUCGACCCAUCGAGGUCACGUAUUUUUUCGAAGUUAUCCGCUGACAAGGUACUGGUUUUCAAAUGAUCGCAGGCAAGUUUAAUUUUUUUGUAAAAAAUUUGUAUGAAAUAUGUUGUGUUUAUGUGGCGCACAAUUAAAAUUUUGAUUUCAAACUGAUCUCGGACGCGAAAAUUCAGUCAGCUGCUACAGGCAGGGAAGACAGUUGCUUUUGACUUUUCUCACCAUGUUCACGCGUUGGUCACGUUCUACGUCCAAUUUUUAUGCUCUGAUUGGUCAAAAUUUGACAGGUGAGUUCAUGCGGAAAAUUUAUGCAGCAUCUUGGGUCUUGUUUACUUUGACAGCGGAAGCUGACAGAGUUUUGUGUCAACUUGUGAUUUUUUUAACUGUCCUUUUCCACUGGAUGUACAAAAUGAAAUUCAGCUGCUGUCGGAAGUCUUCUGUUAUCCAU